CCCUUCUCCCCUUUCAUUUACAAAGAUCACAGUAUGGUUUUCGAUGUUGUUCUAGAAUGUAUUCCUCUUAUGAUCUGAUUUACAAGUAGAAAAUAAAAUUGUAUUGCUAUAAAUUAGAGUUUUUCUGUUUUGUGAAGCAGAUUAACAAUGGAUUUUGGCAAUCUUCUCUACGCUGCACAAAAUAAUACUGAGCAUAAAAGCAGAGAGACACGAUGUUACAAAACAACUUUCGAACCUCCGAAAAAAGAGGUAAAACCAAAGCAGCUGUCUGCAAAUGUGCAGAAAUUCCUGCAGAAGCAGGAGGAGGAGAAACGGAGAAAAGAAAUUGAAGCUAAAAAGAAACGAGAGGAACUACUAGCGUUGAGAAGUCAGGACAAAAUGUCGCAGAAAAGAAUGAGCACAAUGUUGAAGAGAACCAAAUCAGCCAACAAAUCUGUCAUGGAGGAUGCAAUUGAUGACGUCAACACUUCUGUCACAAUGGCUGGACCUCAGCAGUGUGAUGAGGAUGACUACGGUUAUGUGUCACAAGAAGCGAGUUCUUUCUACAACAAAAUGAUGGAGAAAUACACCAGUAUGCCUUCUGACGAACCAAGUUUCCUCAAACCAAAAAAGGGCACCGCUAAAGAUCUCAGCGCUGCUAAGGAACGUGUAAAAGCCGCUCUGAAUAGAGUGGAAGAAGAAGAGAUGUUGCCAAGAAAGAGAAAGAGAAAAACGAAAGAAAGCGAGGGAGACAAAGAGGAGGAUGACUUCAUAGAUGACAGCGGGAACUAUAGAAAAGGAGACGACGAUAGAGAGAAGGAGAAAGAGAAAGAGAAACCGAAGAAACCCAAGAGACCCCCAAUGCCUCCACCUAUGGACUUUCAAGCGCUGUUGAAAUUGGCCGAGCAAAAACAGCAUGAACCAGUUGUGAUUGAUAAGAAAAGAAAGAGAGAUAGCAGCUCGGAUGAGGACGAAGACGAUGAAGAUGAAGAGAGAAAGAAACUGAUGACGAAGAAACAGCGACUGGAGUACGAACGGGAGAAGGAGGCGAGGAUGCAGAGAGAGAGGAGGAGGAUGGAAGAAGCUAUGAGGAAUAGGAAUGGUGGGGGGAAACCGGGGGAAAAAGUAAGACCGAGAGAGAGGGAGAGGUCACAGGAGAGAGAGCCAAAGUCGAGAGAGAGAGAAAGUAAGGAUAAGGAACAGAGGUCUAGAUCUCCACCGCGGUCUUCAGCUACUUUGAAAGGUGGGGGUGGUUUUAAAAUCCCUAAGAAUCCGGAUGCGUCUAGAACUGAAAGUGCAUCUAGAAAGGAAAAUGGAUCUAGAACGGAAAGUGCAUCAAGAACGGAUAGUGCAUCUAAAAAAGAAAAUGCAUCUAGGACCGAAAGCGCAUCUAGAAUCCCCAAAACAUCUGAAAGCAGCAGCACACCAUCUAAACCUAGAAGUUUGGAAACGUCAAGGUCAUCUGAAAGCAGUUCAAAACCUUCAAAAAGUGUGGAAUCUUCUAGACCGUCGAAAAGUGUGGAGUCUUCAAGGUCGUCUUCAGAAAGCAGCAGUGCACCCAGGAUUCCGAAGUUGAGUGACAAAACUAAUAAACCCGCGGUUUUAGACAACAAAAAACGUCUGCCGAGUUCGGUUGUGGAGGAAAAACUGAAGAAAAGCUCCGAUGUUUGGUCGAAACCUUGCAAUCUGUCACCUUCUAGCAAAAAGUUACAACAAUCUAGGACUUCUUCUAGUAGUAACAGUAAUAGUAGAGGUGGUGGUGGUGGUGGUUCUACGACAAAACCUUUGGAAGACAAGUUAAACAAACUCAUGGACGAAAUUCGUAGUGUGAAACAGGCUAGCACAAAGUUGGACUUGGAGGAUAAGCUGGAGAUGUUAAGUAGAGAGUUGGAACAGAUAAAGAAGGAACGAUCAAGAGUGGAGAGUAGUGGGAAGGGAGGGGAGAGAGGAAGUAACGGAUCUCUGGACAGGAGGAAAGAGGGGGAAGAUAGAAAGAGACGCGAUGAAAACUGUGAGAAACAGAAGUACAUACCGACAAAGAUCUCUAGAGAUGGAGGGAAAUCAGAUGUUCCUAAAACUUCCUCGUCGACUAGUAGUAAACAGAAAGUGGAUUCUUCGACGCCGAAGGUUAACGGGUACAAGCCGACGCCUAUAAGUAAACUGAACGCGGGAAAACCGUCGAAACUGAAGAGUGUCGAUCUGUUUGGCGAAGAUUUCCCGGAGGAUAGUCCUGAUCCUAGGAAAAGCAACGGUGACUACAAUAAGCCUUCAAUGGCAGCUGCUAAGCAGACGCUCAGCAAACCCAGUCUUGCCAAGGCGGCUGAAAUGGCUGGUAAACAGAGGGAUCUCAAGAGUGCUACUGCUUCACCUGCGCAGAAACCUACACUUAACAAAGGUACAACCUCGAACGUGUCCAGCAAAUCGGCCGCUUCCGGCGGAAGUGUUGCGGUGCGGAAGUUCCCGCCCGAUGACCUGAAACCGCGUCCGGGCGACCGGAUGAGGCCAGCUGGUACAGGCGGACCUGUCCGCUCACGGCAGUUCCCGCCGCCGGAUGUACAGCGGUCACGCCAGUUCCCGCCCAACGAUGUCCGGCGGAGGAGACCGUCGCCUCCUCGCAGUUCUCGUUACUAUGCUGAUGAAGACGACGAGGAUGAAUAUGAUUCGGAAAUGGAUGACUUCAUCGAUUAUGGUGACGGGGAUGAUGAAGAUAAUGAACACGUGUCGGAGAUCAUCAGCGAAAUAUUCAAGUACAAUCCAUCACAAUUCUCAAUAGGAGAUGAUGACGACGAAUGCAUGGAAUCAAACUUCGGCCAAAUCGAUAAAGAAGAAAUCAGAAGUUUACAUAUUGGUCUGAGAGAGGAUUUGGAGGACAUAAGAAGAGAACAGGCCGAAAAGAAGGAGGCACAAAGAAGAAGACUGCAAAAAAUGGCGGCCAUGAAGAAAAACAGAAGAUGAUCGGCGUAGGAUUCUUAAAAAAAUUAUAGAAAAACUUGUGUAUCAUAACAGACGUUAUCAGUGUACGAUAUACUCAGUGCACAAUGAUAUGUAUAUGGACUAUGAUAGUUAUUACUUAAAGUGUAUAUAAUAUACAUAUUAUGAUAUUUAUACAGUGUUUCAGAGAAACUGGGCAUUUUGAAAGUUAAUUAAUUUCAAGAAAAACAAAUCUUUAAAUAAAGUUUUUCAUAUCAUUCAAUAGUGAAAAUAAUACAAUUUUAGAAUAAAUAAUACCGUAACAUUUGUUUUUUGAAGAUGACAUCUUGCAGAUGUAUUCCUUUUCUACGCAAAUAUUCAUGACUUGUAGUCUCUUCAUCACAUUGUCCAUGGUUUGACGUAACAUUACAACUGGAAUUUGAAAUCGCUUAUCAGAUAUUUCAGUGAUAAUGUAACGUCAAACCAUGGACAAUGUGAUGAAGAGACUACAGGAAUGUUUGCGUAGAAAAGAAACAUACCUGCAAGAUGUCAUCUUCAAAAAAUAAAUGUUACACUAUUAUUUAUUCUAAAAUGGCAUUAUUUUUACUAUUGAAUGAUGUGAAAAACUUUAUCUAUAGAUUUGUUUUACUUGAAAUUAUUCAACUUUCAAAAUUUCCCGUUUCUCUGAAACACUUUGUACAUAUAUCAUAAAUUAUGAUAUUUGAUAAUUUGCAGUGUACAAUGAAUUUUAAUAAUUUUUGAAGUGAAUUGUGAUUUGAAUCAGAUUAAUAUAUAGUUAGCAAGGUACAAUUAAAUGAAUGAUGAGGAUUUCAUUGAGUGAAUAGUGAAUGAAUGUUGAGUAAUUCAUCAAAGUGAAUAGUUUUUAGUUAUAAUGAAGUGAAUGAUAUUUUAUUAAAGUUGACAGUAAAUUGAAUGACUAAUGAAUCGAG